UCUCGGUGUGCUGUGAGCGACAGUGUGGACGAUGUUGGUGCUGCUGUGCUGCUGUUUACUGCUUCAGCAGGUCAGCAGUGGUGAGGGCAGUAAGGCGGCGGUGGGGAAGACAGGCGGAGGGAAGUCGGGUAAGGUCCAGGUGGGAAACGCGGCGCUGGUGGUGCAUGAUGGAGGAGGAAGACGAGGAGGAGGCUCUGAGCGCGUGCAGUUCUGCACGUGGCCGUGCGCGUGUGGUCCGAGGCCGCAGUGCGCCCCGGGGGUCAGCGCGGUGCUGGACGGCUGCGGCUGCUGUAAGAGCUGCGCGCGACAGAUCGGGGAAUCCUGCAACGAGCGCGACGUGUGUGAUCCACACAAGGGCAUGUACUGCGACUUCUCCAGGGACAAACCACGCUUCCAGCUCGGGGUGUGUGCCUACAUGAUGGCAGUGGGCUGUGAUCUAAACGGACUUCACUAUGAGAACGGUGAGGCGUUCCAGCCCACUCCUCUGUAUAAGUGUACGUGUAUCGGUGGAGCCAUCGGCUGCGUUCCCGUGUUUAUCCAGAAACCGGCGGCCAUGUUGGGACCCGCGCCGUUACGGGCGAGAACGCCACAGGACACGGCGUACAGGGGCAUGUCAGCUUACAGGACUCCUCCUUUAGUGAAGACGAGAGGUUGUGUGGUCCAGACCACGCCCUGGUCUCCCUGCUCGCGCUCCUGUGGCUUCGGCAUCUCCGUCCGCAUCUCCAACCACAACCCCAAGUGUGACAUGAGGAGAGAGCGCCGCCUGUGUCUGCUCCGCCCCUGCGACAACAAGAGCCUGAAGAGCCUAAAGAUCCCGGCGGGGAAGUCCUGCAGGCCCGAGUUCCAGGCGAGGACGGCGGAGAAGUUUAAACUGUCCGGCUGCACGAGCAGUAAGAAGUACCGGCCGCACUACUGCGGAGUGUGUAACGACAAGCGCUGCUGCGUCCCCCAGCGCUCCACCCUGCUGAGGGUGGAGUUUAAGUGUGUGGGCGGAGCCAGCGUGGUGUGGAACAUGCAGUGGAUCACGUCCUGUGUGUGUGAGAGGAAGUGCAACGACCCGGGAAACAUCUUCUCUCAGAUGUACUUACUGUGAC